AUGGAAGGCUCCUUCACGCCGCAGCCCUCGUCCCUCUCCAGGAAGACAUACCACAUCGCGGGCAUUCAGACCACUGUCUUCGGCCUCGAUGAACUCCCUCCACAGAGCUCCGAGGUGGCCUGUCUAUGGCUGUUGCAUCCCAGGCUGCAAACCCAGGAGUAUAUGACCAAAAUCGCAACGUCCGUGGUCGAUGACUGGAACAAGAGACUGAAAGACGGCGGCGCGGGUGCGAGGCAGAAGGUCAAGGGACUAAUCGCAGUGACUUUUGACCAGAGGAAUCACGGCACUCGCCAGGUCGAUCCGCUGGCCAACGAGGCAUGGAAGCAGGGGAAUCCGCGGCAUGCGCAGGACAUGUUCUCCAUUUUCCAGGGGACUGCGCGCGAUGUGUCACUACUGAUUGACUACCUGCCAGCAUACAUAUUCCCGAAAUCCGAGUACAGCAUCUCGACUCACCUCGCCCUUGGAGUUUCUCUGGGAGGGCAUGCUACAUGGAGUUGUCUCUUCCAUGAGCCACGGAUAAGGACCGGUAUUUCCAUUAUCGGGUCGCCCGACUACAUAAAUCUCCUGGCAGAUCGUGCACGUCUCUCGAAGCUAUCGUCCUGGACCAACAGCGACCCCCAGGCAGCCACUUUGCUCCUGAGCCAUACGCAGAUUGCCGCCAAAGAUGCUGCCCUGAAAGAAGGCCCCUUGCCAGAUCCAUCAGAACAGGACAAGGAACGCCUUCGACCGCUCUUGACCCGUACUUUAGCGGGCAAGUGGAUUCUGAACAUCUCCGGAGGUGCUGACAAGCUGGUCCCAUACUAUCGAUCUGAGCCGAUCCUGACAUGGCUGAAGAAAGCUAUUGCUCCCGGGGGCUGGUUUGCCGAUGGAGGCAUCCAUUUCGAAGACCUCAUCUUCGAAAAAGCGGGCCAUGAAUUGACGGGGGCCAUGAUGGACGAGGUGAUUCGGUUUGUAGCCGAGUCCUUGUCUGCUCCCGACGAUGUGCCAGCUAAGGUCGGCGUCGUUCGUGAAGCUAAGAUAUAA